CACAUCUCCGCCGUCAUUUCUUCAUAAUCGACGGUCGAAAAAAUCCUACUUCCCAAUGAAAACCCUUUCUCCUUUUCGGGAUUUUCUUGCAGAGUACAGCUGAAAUAUAUAAUCGUAAUAAAAUUCGAUCAAUCUCUUUCUACGGAUCCCUAAUUUUUUAUUACUUAUCUGAAAAAGUGAAAACCCUAACGAUCCGAAGCUGAAAUUGUUCAGUUUAACUCCGCGCGAUUACCGAUCAUCUGUUGUUUUUUUCAGUUCAAUUCAAUUCGAAUUCUUGGUGAAAAGGGUAUGGUAAUUGGAGGAUGAACGAUGCCGGUGCUGCGUGGCGGAGUGCGCAGAGGCAGGAGAGAGCCGCAGCCAGUACCAAACAACGAAGACUAUAAUAAUCAGAAUCAGAAUAAUCAUAAUAGUGAGGCGAUUGAGGAGAACGCGGCAAUUGCGACGAGAACAAGGAGGAGGAGGAGGGCGGCGGCUGCAGCUGUUGCGGCUCCGGUUGAUGACAACAUAGUUGCUGCACCAGGAGCGGCGAACGAGAUUAGGGAGGUUCCAGAGCGGGAGGAGAGGGUUUUGGGGCAACCAGAGUGGAGAGAACAGGUGGGAGAGAGGCCGAUGGAUGAUUUUGGUAGUGGCGGUGCUGACAAGGCUAAUGCUGAUGAAUCAGUAUCUGCUCCUCUUCCCGAAAGGGUUCAGGUUGGUGGUUCACCGAUGUACAGGAUUGAGAGAAAGCUUGGCAAGGGAGGUUUUGGGCAAGUGUGUGUUGGUCGCCGAAUUUCUGGUGGUAUCAGUAAUGAUAGAAAUGGCCCUGGAGCCAUAGAAGUGGCUUUAAAAUUUGAACAUCGUAAUAGUAAAGGAUGUAACUACGGACCACCUCAUGAGUGGCAAGUUUAUAAUACUCUAGGGGGAAGCCAUGGUGUACCACGAGUGCACUACAAAGGCCGACAAGGUGACUAUUAUGUGAUGGUAAUGGAUAUGCUUGGUCCUAGCUUGUGGGACGUUUGGAAUAAUAACUCUCACUCGAUGAACAAUGAAAUGGUGGCAUGCAUUGGCAUUGAAGCAAUAUCUAUAUUGGAAAAGAUGCACUCCAAGGGGUACGUUCACGGGGAUGUGAAGCCUGAGAAUUUCUUGCUUGGUCCACCAGGGACUUCUGAUGAGAAAAAACUAUUCUUGGUUGAUCUUGGUUUAGCUACAAAAUGGAGGGACGGCACUGGUCUGCAUGUCCACUAUGACCAAAGGCCAGAUGUUUUCAGGGGAACUGUUCGUUAUGCCAGUGUUCAUGCUCAUUUAGGGAGAACUGGUAGCAGGAGAGAUGAUUUAGAAUCUCUUGCUUACACACUCAUUUUCCUUCUGCGUGGACGGUUGCCUUGGCAAGGAUACCAGGGUGAGAACAAAGGAUUUCUUGUUUGCAAGAAAAAGAUGGCAACGUCGCCAGAGGCUCUUUGCUGCUUUUGUCCUCAACCCUUCAAAUUGUUCGUGGAGUAUGUCGUAAAUCUGAAAUUUGACGAGGAACCAAAUUAUGCCAAAUGUAUAUCCCUUUUUGAUGGGAUCGUCGGACCAAAUCCAAAUAUCAGACCGAUCAACACGGAGGGUGCACAGAAGCUAAUCUAUCAGGUUGGUCAUAAGAGAGGCCGGUUGACUUUUGAAGAUGAGGAAGAAGAACAACCAAGAAAGAAAGUUCGUGUGGGAAUGCCUGCUACACAGUGGAUUAGUGUUUAUAAUGCUCGUAAACCCAUGAAGCAAAGGUAUCACUACAAUGUGAUGGAUUCAAGGCUUGCCCAGCACAUUGAAAGAGGAACAGAAGAUGGCCUAUUUAUUAGUUCUGUAGCAUCUUCUCAAAAUCUGUGGGCACUAAUAAUGGAUGCAGGCACUGGCUUUAAUGCACAAGUUUAUGACCUAUCACCUUCCUUUCUUCACAAGGAAUGGAUAAUGGAGCAAUGGGAAAAGAAUUAUUACAUCAGUGCAGUUGCAGGAUCAACAAAUGGGAGUUCAUUAGUAGUAAUGUCAAAAGGCACUCAGUAUUUGCAACAAUCUUACAAAGUGAGUGAAUCUUUCCCAUUCAAGUGGAUAAACAAAAAGUGGAGAGAAGGUUUUUACGUUACCUGCAUGGCCACGUCUGGUAGUAGAUGGGCAGUUGUCAUGUCUCGUGGUGCUGGGUUUUCAGACCAGGUUGUGGAGCUAGAUUUUCUUUAUCCAAGUGAAGGCGUUCAUCGGCGCUGGGAUGCUGGAUAUCGUAUAACUGCUACUGCAGCAACUGUAGAUCAGACUGCUCUUGUUUUAAGUGUUCCAAGAAGAAAACCAACUGAUGAAACACAAGAGACACUUCGGACUUCUGCCUUUCCCAGUACGCAUGUCAAGGAGAAAUGGGGAAAAAAUCUGUACAUUGCAUCUGUUUGUUAUGGCCGUACAGUUUCGUAGGGCUGCUACGUUUUUAUAUUUACCUUCCAUAAUUUCAAAAAUCAAGACUUUGGGCAAUCCAGCUGGAAGAAAGAACCUGGGUUUCUGUAGAGGCAUCCAUGUUUUUAAGAGUUUUUUAGUUGUAGUUACCGUAAGAGAAGUUAUAGCUUGAGGCUGAUAUCUGUUGUGUAUUACCAAAAUUCACUUGCAUGCAAAUUUGAGGAUGGUAGGAGUUUUUAACAUAUUGACCUCAAUUGUGUAUAGUCGUUCAAUAAUAAGUCUCUGUAUGGGCUUUAAGCCCGGAUCUUCUAUUGUCAUGUUUACAUUGCCAAGCACGGGAUGGAACUCUGAUACUUUAGAAUUCAGUUUUACGCUUAUAUACAGUCUCAGUUAAUCUAAUUCACUUCUCACAAA